AAUAAACCACACAGCAGACACAUAAAAUGACCUGCAUAUUCAUCAAUCAAAGUGGCACCCACACGCUCGUUAGUGCACUGUGACAGCCGAGCAUCUGGCAUGCGCUGUACCUGACUGAAAGCGGGCAACAGGCACUUGCGCAUGAUGGAGUGUGUUGCUGGUAGAAAUCAGAUUUAUCGCGGCGCAGCAGAGGUUUUUUUUGUUUUGUGCGACGCACCUCAGCGGUUGUUUGGAAUUUUCCUACUAUCGCUUUUUUGCUUCCACUGGUGUUUGGCACUCCAGUUUGCAUUUCUGAGAAAAACGAGUCUUUUUUUCGCAUUUGUCGUUUUCUCCUACAAUUAUUAUUAUAGUCGUAUCGACUCCCGCCCUAUGAAGGCUGAAAAGCAACAGCAGCAGCAGCCAACAGGAGCGACAGCAAUUCCGGCGGCGGGAAUUGGGAGUGACGGCAAUUCGCCAGCUCCAAAUGGCAACACAGCUAAAAAAGGGCAGUCGAGCGCAGCACCGUCGCUGUUUUCCACAACCAAUGGCCCAGAGACAGGAGCUAGCAACAGCGAGACAGCUGGUGAGGAUGAUCUGGGACGGCAGCUCGAGCUCUGGUGGGACGAGGUCCUGGCAUUCUUCAAUCGGCACCGGGCCACAGCAGCAUUGGUAGCGUGGGCGGGCGUGUUUCUGUUCGAUAUCAUGGACCUGCAUAUGCCAGCAGAAUGGCUGGUGUUUACGUUUUUCUCGUUUUCGGUGUUUGUACAGGCGUUCGGCAUGUCCGUGGUGUUUUUCGCUCUGCUGACAGUGGCCAUGACGGUAGUGAAUGUAGCGAUAUUCUACAUGGUGCCGUACACAACGACGUCCUUGUUUUCGACGAUUGUGGUGUGCAUGCUACUGGUGCGCGGAGUGCAUGGGCUGGACUCGAAGGGCUGGGCGCUGACAGCGGUGAUGAGUCUGGCGCGCAUCGGCAACCCGUGGUGCUCGAUUCUGCCCGAGUACCUGCAGGCACCGAUAGCAGCAUACUGCACAUCGUUUGGGAUCCUGUGGCUCGCAUACCACCAUGCCCGGCGGCUCGAGAGAUUGCUGGACCCGGCUUGUUUGUUGCUGGGGAUUAUUCCGCCACCGGCACCAAGGCUGGGCAUUGUCGAAAUUCGGGAUACCAGCGUCAUUGUCAGCUGGGCAGCCAUGCCAAAGAGCAUUGUUACAGCGGGCGACUCUGAUAAUUCGCCGGGCAUCUUUGGGCCUGGCGGUGCCACGAACAGCAUAGGCGUGGGCGAUGCGCAGGGUGUGCAAUCAACGACGUUGGCGCCGGGUGAUGGACGGGCAGAGUUGGCCAGCACAGUCUUGACUAUUGGCAACGGGUUGAUCAGCAUCGACCGCAAGGGGCUGAGGGAAGCGCGGGUGGCGCGGUACGAAAUCGAGGUCAAUGGCCAUAUCGUUGGCUCAUGCAGCGGCUCCGAGGAUUAUACGAGGAUCCGCGGACUGCAGAGCGCACACAUGUACCAGCUGCGCAUUUGGGCGGUGUCGCAGAGCCGGGGACGCACAGCCUCCCAACCAGUAUUUGUCAGCACGCUGUCGCGGGGUGAGGCCCAGCAGCAGCAGCAGCAGCAGCAAAAGGCCAACGGUACCAAGACGGAGACAGCAAAUGAAGCGAAUACAGCGAGUAUUAAGGCAGAGAUUGAGGCAUCGCAGCACGAAGUGGAUGCGCUAGAGCGCAGUAUUGCUGAGUUGCGAGAGCACGCCGACGAAGAGCGCGCAAGACUGCAGCGCGAGAUCCACGAGCUGAAGGCGAAGCGCAAGGAGGAGGAGCUGGCAAAGGCGGCUCAGCGUGACAAGAUCCGUGAGCUCGAGGCGGAAAAGCGCAGGCUGGACAGCGAGAAGAUACGGCUGGACACAGCAAUCACCGAUGCCAUGGGCAGGCGGCAGCGCGCACUCGAGCGGAUGCGCGACCAAGAGCGCAAGACGGAGGAGUAUACGAAAAGCGCGAGGGCGCUGGAGGAGACGAUGCAGAAGGAGAAGCGUGACCACGGGCGGCAGCAGGAAGAGCUGAAGAACACCAUCGGUGCAAUUAAGGCUGAGGUCGAGAAAGCACAGCAGCGGCUGGAUGAACUGACGGCGCAGCAGGCGGAUCUGGCAGCUAGUCUAAAGGCUAAGCGGGCAGAGCUGACGGUGCAGGAGAAGAAGAACGCUGAACUCGAUGCGCAAAUCAAGGAGGCAGUGCGCAGGCGGCACCGCAUGCAGGACGACCGGUCGCGGAUCGCGAUGUCGGCCGAGAAGAUCCAGGCUGAAAUCAGCGCGCUGAUUCCGCAGCUCGACGAGGCCACCAGCGAGCGCCAGCGGCUGCAGGCACUGGCUAAUGCACAGACCAUGCGCAGGUACCAGCCAGCAGUCAGCACUGCGUCACCACUGCCACUGGCUGCAUCGCCGACGAGGGUGAAUCCGUUUGGCGAGCUUCAACCACCAUCGUUGGCGUACCAGGCGCAGACGAUGCCGGUAAGGCGCAGUAGCCAGAACAGUGGGUUCAAUCACGCCAGGUCAUCGUCAUUUGCCAACAUGAGCGGUGGGUUUGGCGAUGCGGUGGUGCCAGCGAUCAGCAGCGCCCAGGGCAUGAGUAUCAGCGGUGUAGGGUCAAGACGUAGCGCCGACCUCAGUGACCUGCUGCUGUUUUGGGAUAGGAGUGUACCGCUGGCGACGUCGUCGGCAGCAAUUGACUCCUUGAGCCUGAUCAACGCUGGCGCGCCGCUGGAUGCUGCGAGCGACUUGGAUUUUGUCCGCCAUCUGAGCCCUGUGAACUCAGUGCGUGAUGCUGGCCGGCUGACAAGAUCGUCGCUGUGGGGCAGCAGUGCCGGAGACCCGUCGCUGUCGACAACAACUGCCGAGGCCAGCGCGCUGAGCAUUCUGAAAGACACAGAUCUGGCCUACCCGACACCGGCCAGGCAGCGUAGUGGCGGUGGCAGCAGCAUCGGCAGGAUGAGCGACCUGGCCCGUCGCGAUUUCCAGCGGCCGUCGAUGGCAUCAGCUGGCCAUGCUCGGCCGCUGGACAGGAUUUUGACGAGCUCGUUUGAGAACUUGGACCAGCGCAGCGUCCUGGGCAAUGCCACGAGCCCGCACUUCCGGUUCCAGUCAUUGGAUCUUCGCGCAGGCAGCGGGUGGCCGGAUUUUGAGCGCGCCGAUGGCCGCGAGUCAGGUCGCAGCAGCACUGUCAACGACCGCCCCUCGCCAGUAUUCCCCGAGGCAGCUGCCGGCCAGCAGAGCACCGACCCAUUCUCGCUGCGCAGUACGACGCCGGCUGCCGAGCAGACACAGUCGCUGAUUUUUGGUGGCAGCCUUGUCAACCCACGGCGGCCGCUGGUUGAGCCAAUCGGCGCGCCGGUGCGCAAGCGCGAGCGCGAGCGCGAGCAAAAGCAGAGCAGCGAUCAGGGGGUGGACGCACUGACCAACCCGUUCCGGAUUCCGAUUGACCGCGAGAUGUCCCACCCGACAUCCUUUGGCGGCUCGCUGUAUCAUAGCCGGUCAAUUUGGGACGCAGACGACAAAGACGACCGUCGCAAGUAGUUGGUGGUUUUACACAAAAACAAGAGAAUCCAAUGUUUAUUUUCUUUUGAUGUCAUGGCAGUGUUGUUUAUUUGGGAAGGAGUUUAGAGAAGGGUGGCACCAGCAGCAACCAGCAGCGACACACCGGCGUAGCCGAAGGCCUUGACGGAUGCAGCGCCGUUGGUCGACUCGGACUUGGCAGCCGAG